CUCACCUGGAAAAGUGAUAAUUCACUCAGGUUGGCUACAGGAACAUGAAGGCAUGAUUGGUAUGUACUGGUGAGAAGAUUCCCUCGCCGAAGAUAUCUGCAAGCUGCAAGCCUGAGCUGAGGUGAGAUCCGAUGGAGGGGAGCGGCGGCGGCAAGCACUUCAUCCUCGUCCACGGCCUCUGCCACGGCGCGUGGUGCUGGUACAAGCUGGCGCCGAUGCUCCGCGCCGCGGGGCACCGGGUCACCGCGCUCGACAUGGCCGCGUCCGGCGCGCACCCGGCGCGCAUGGACGAGGUGCCGUCCUUCGAGGACUACUCGCAGCCGCUGCUCGACGCCCUGGCCGCGGCACCGCCCGGCGAGAGGCUGGUCCUGGUCGGGCACAGCCUCGGCGGGCUCAACCUCGCGCUCGCCAUGGAGAGAUUCCCGCGCAAGGUCGCCGCGGCCGUGUUCCUCGCCGCGUGCAUGGCGUGCGCCGGCAGGCACAUGGGCGUCACCAUCGAGGAGUUCUCCAGAAGAACCCGAUCUGAUUUUUUCAUGGAUAGCAAGAGCAUGGUUCUGAACGCUGAUCAAGGUGCUCGGCCUGCAGUCGCGCUUGGCCCCAAAUUGUUGGCAGCGAAAUUGUACGAUCGAAGCUCAGUCGAGGACCUGAUGCUGGCUACGUUGCUGGUGAGACCAGGCUGCCAGUUCGUGGACGACCCGACGAUGAGGGACGAGGCUCUGCUCACCGACGCCAACUACGGGUCGGUGAAGAAGGUGUACGUGGUGCUCAAGGACGAUGCUUCCACCUCCGAGGAGAUGCAGCGCUGGAUGGUCGACCUGAGCCCUGGCACAGAAGCCGAGGAGCUCGCCGGAGCCGACCACAUGGCCAUGUGCUCAAAGCCCAGGGAACUCUGCGAUGUUCUUCUCAGGAUUGCCGACAAGUAUGACUGAGAAUGGUUGUGCACAUCCAGCCGUACAACAAGCAUGCCAGACCAAAUUCCAAAGGUCCGUUAGAAAAAAGAAUUCCAAAAUCUAGUACACACUUCGAUCCGAAUUAAUGGAGACGAUCGGAGGGAGUAAAGAAAUUCUUUUCGACUCAUGUACAAAUGCCAGAGUGAAGCAUUAGAAUAAGUACCUUCAGGGAGUUCACGCUUAAACUGUUUUUUUACGGUUAAAGCAAAGCUUUAUUAUGAAGACAUGUUGGGCAUUUCGCCCAUUACGAUGA